AAUGAAACGAAACCAAAGGAGACCAAACGUUACCUUCCAUCAUCUCCCUAUCUUUCGUAACAAGUGUGUAAACAUGUUGCCGCCUCUGUCCAUGCGUCGUCUCUCGUUGGUUUUUUAGAGUGCGGUUUAUUUGCUGUUAUCGUCACACAGGCUUCACCAUCAUCACUAUACAUUUGUACACAGCACAGAAGAGAACGUUGGUAGAAAAAAAGACCGUCGUGUCCUUCUCAGGUUUCAUACACAGAAUUCACAACACAACUCACCACCCCACAGAUUGGGUAGAGGGAAACGGCAUCAACGACGACGCGCAAACGUGAACUGGCAGCCCAAGUUGAAGGGAGUGUUUCUUCGCAUUGCAUUGUGAUCCUGAGGUGAAGUAAAGGAUUUCGGUGUCCUUUGAAAAAGUGCCAAAAACGAUUUGUGAUUUAUUGCGUUUGUUCUCGAUACAGUGUUUGGAAACCAAAUGUCUCCCACCAAAGCGAUGGAAGGUGUGCUGAUAUUCGAUCAAAGCAACGAUCUGAUCUACCAGAACGUGAACGACGCCCUGCGUGCCAAAUUGACCAGACAUGCCAUCGAUCUCGGUUUGCUGGAGGACGAAAAAAGGGAUUCCCGAAAACCACUCGACUGCAAUGUGCUGGUCCAGAUUUUCAGCCCACUGGUGGCUUCGCAAAGGAUAAUGAUGUGCCAGUUCGAUAAUGCCUACACUUCGGUGCAGAUGGAGAGCAAUUUGAAUUUAGUUUUCGAUGAGUUCCUGGGAUACCUAUUCAUUCAAAUAAGCAACAAAGAUGUCGAUACAAUAAGAAGAGAGCUUGGAGUCUGCAUUUGUCUCUUGAAGCAUAUUUGUGGUCCAAACAUAAACACCAUAAAUAACAACAAAAAAGUUGCCUCCCUUUUGACGAACCUGAUUGGUACCUACCGGAAAAUGUAUCGAGCAAACCAGGGAAUCCUGGUGGAAGCCAUCGAGCAGCUACUGGUUAAUGCUGAUGUAAAAAAUACCGUUGUCGGAGCCCUACAGAGUGCAACUGAAAAGUUGAAACAAGAUCCCCACUCGCAGCGAAGUCAUUCGAUCAUAUUCGUUGGGAAUAAGUUCCUGUCGCUGUACAGUAGCCGACAGGCCCAGGAACUUUCGCCCGCCGACAUGCUGUUUUUAAACAUAUUCUGUCAGACCACGGAUCGAGGCGAACAUUCGAAACGGAUCGAGUCACACGUAGUCUUCCUACAGGGUAGUUCCAGUGCGAGUUCACCGGGCUGCAUCCCUCAUAUCGUGCACGUCUGCAAGCUGUUUGACGACGUGUUUUUAGUUCUUUUGAUCGAGCAUGGCAGUAUUCAAGUUUCGGGAAAUUUGUAUGACGUUUUCUUCGGACUUCAAAAACUACAAAACCUACAGAUGCAAAUGGACGUGGAAAAUCUCCGAUCGGCAUUCGAUAGUCUGGAAACCUAUGUGCGACAUUCGUUGGACUCGAUGAAAAAGCUCAAGUACAACAACCCGGAAGCAGACGAAGCAGUAAAGAGCUUCAUCUCCAAAUGGGAUAAUGUUCGGAAGCGAUACAGCGAGUAUUUCAAGAAUUUUGAUGCCGCGUUUAUCCCUAAAAUCGAAUCCAACAUGCCGAUGUUUGUGGACAGUCUGAAGGAAGUGUUCAAGCUGCUGUGUGCCGAGUGCAGUACCUUGGAGCAUGGGCUGCAGCGAGUUUCGGACAUUGCCGAUAUGGUUGAGGAGAAGCUGACCGAAGUGUUCAACUUCCUGCAGGUCAAGUCGCAGAAGAACUUCAGCAUGGGAUCGUAUCUAGAAGAUUUCCCUGGACUUGUGCAUUUCAUACAUAUUGAUAGGAACAAUGGACGAAUCGUUGCACCCGGAUUGGAUCAAGAAGAUUCGGAAAACGUUCUCAAGGAAAGAAUUUGGUCCAUGGUGGAGCUGUCGCGGACCUAUCUUCACAAGGGCCACAUGUCUAUGAUCUGGAAGGACGUCACCUUCAGCUACGGUUACUUCCUGUGGUUCGAGGACCCCAACGGGACCGCCCUGAAGCCGAAGGAGAUUCCGGAUUUGUCCGCCAUCUCCACCAAACCGCAGCUGAUAGCCGGAAUCCUGGCGGGGGACUACUAUCGUCGACUGAUAGAGACCUGCUUCCCGAGGACAUCGCCGAGUAAGAUUCGCUGCUAUGAGCUGUUUUGCGUUCACCUUGGUCUCGUGACGUCUACGAACGUUCUGGAACACUGCCGGCGCCUGGCCGUGACCAUCACCGAUCUGACGGGCUGUGUGGGGAAUCCCAUCGAGUUGUUAUAAGGUUUAAGGUACCGAUCUAUUUUAAAAAGGGUGUAGAUUAGUGGAUGUUCAAAUUAGUUUUCGUGAUUCCUUUUUCAAGAAAAUUUUGCAGCUUCCAAUGUCUUAUAUGUACAAUAAUAGUACCUACUUUAAAUUUUUUGUUCUUUGUUGGUGGUUGAACAAUCACUCUUUUUUCUAACUUUUUCCUUUAUUACAUUUUUAAACACUUAUUAAAUUAACAUAAAUUAUGUUUUACACAAAUUGUGAUUCAAAGUAUUUUAAUUUGAUUUUGUUUUAAUUUUUUUUCCAAUAUUCAAAUCUGGAUCUGGAACUUUUAUUCCAAAGUUUUUAAUAUAUAUUGUAAAUAAACAAAAAUCUGCGACAGAAUUCUUAAUGAAAGAAUCUGAUUUACAUAUUCAUAUUCUAGUUCAGAUUCUAAACUCAGAUGCUCAGAAUUGAGAUCCAAAAUUUCGACCUCAGAAUUAUGAUUUAACGUUCUGAUCAGAUUGAGGUUCAGGUUUUAGUUUAAAUAAAAUUGAAAAUUUCAGAAGAAUCUUACCUCAAAAUUAGAUUUCAGACUCAGAUUUCAAAUUCUGAUCUCAGUUUCAGACCUUAGAUUUAAUUUUCAAAAAUCAGUUUCCGAUUUCAAAUUUCAGCCUACAGAUUUAGAACUCCGUUUCAUUUUCAGCCAAUUUGAAGCAUGUACUCGAAAAAAUUGCACCAUUUUCUUUUAUGAAUUACUUUAGUUUGUGUGUAUGGAAUUCAAUGAAACUUUCAGCAAAAGCAAAACUUCACCAAGUGGUUUUUGAGAUAGCUAAGAAACAUGAAGAUAUAAGAAACCAAAUUAACUCAAUCAAAAGUUAUUCAUAAAAGAAAAAGCGGCAUUUUUUCAGAGAACAGGCCUUAUUAAAAAAAAAACCUGUUCAACCAACUGUCCGGCUAUACUUAGCAUUUUGUUCAUGUUCUGUUAGAAUGAUUGUUUAGAAUUAGCCGAAAUGAUGCCAUUUAGUUUUAAUUUCUCCGAAAUAUGAAUGUGAUAGCCGAUAACCAUCACCGAAAAGUUCCCGAUUGGGCAUCGGGAGAUAUCAAUUUUAAACGGUUUUAACGACAGAGGCAGGCAAGCCGACAGGCACACAAACUGUCGUAUCGUGUAUACUUUUAGCGAUAUAUUCAACAAAAUAAGAGAAUAAAUCAUAAUUAAGUUGA